CAACCCUAAAGAAGUGACAAUCUUUUCACUGCUCAAGCCUCGGACACUAGCUGCCAGCCCCUUCAUCUUCAUCACUACCAUGUCCCAAUUCAUCACUGCUAAUGAGAACCCAUGCACGCCCUUCAUCUUCAUCACCGCCGAGAACCAUCACACCCAGCCCUCUCUCGUAGCCCUCUAUCGCACCCUCUCUCGCACCCAAACGGCAAGCCUCCUCCUCGGAUUCCCAACCCUCGCACCCUCUCUUGCAACCUUCUAUCGGCGCUUCUCCGUCGGCGCACCCUGCCUCGGCGUGCACCCUCAGCGAUCUCUCUCUCUCUCGCAAACCCUAAACACUAAAGACGCUGCCUCUCUCUCGCUCCUCCCUCAAUCAUCGCUUCCUCUCCCCCAAUCGGCGCUUCCUCUCCCUCAAUCGACGCUCAACCCUCACCAUCUCCAUCGUUCAUCGUUCAUCGUUCAUCACCCAUGCCUUCGAACCCUAAAUCUAAAAUCACCCUCCCCUCACUGGAACCCUAACUCCCUAAGUCUCUUCUCUCGCUCUCUUCUGUCCCUCGCACACGCCAGAACCGCCGUCGCACAGAAUCCCCUUCGCACACGCCAUCGCAGACUCGCACGUCUCGCGGUCUCGGUCCAAGGCGUGUUCUCCUCGUCGUGUCGUCUCCAUCCCGUGAAUGUCUGCGUCCUACUCUCCCGUCCUGUGAGCGUCGCUGUCCUCCGCGUCCCGUGAACGUUGCUGUCCUCCCCGUCCUGAACGCCGCCGUCGUUCUUCCUGAUUCCUGUCGCUCAUCCCUCGCGCCGUUGGCUUCGGUGGCGCCAUUUUGCUGUGCGUAGCUUUGGCCAACUUCAUCUCCGACCGCCGUUGGACGAAGAAGAAACCGAUUAUGAAGAAAAGCAGAGGAGUGAUUGCUCUUCAAAUUAUCCAAGAGAAAUACUAAAUGGGGGUUUCUUGAGGGUGUGAGUAUGUCUGAUGCACCGCCACCUAGAACGGUCUUGGUGCAGCAGUGUAUCCGUGAUAGAGGUGUAUUGGAAGUUCUAUGCAACUAUGAUGCUAUCAGUCUACUAAAAUUAAGGAGUGAAAGAACUAGAAAUGGUGGCAACGUAUGAAGAAGCGAGAGAUUAUAUGGCACAAGUGCAAGAAGCAUUUCAAGAUAAGAAAGAAGACUAUCAUUGCUUUAUGCAACUUCUCCAACUUCUCGAAGAUCAUUUCUUCUUGUGUGUUUUGUGUUUUGUGUAUAUUUUCUGAGAAAAGAGGACAAUGGAAGGCUGCAACUCAAUCACAGGAGUAUAUUCGAUCCUUUCAGCGUUAUUAUAGCAACACGUACUUGGAUGGCAAUAAACAAAAAGCAAUUAACUUGUUCUUGGGCCAUUUUCAGCCACAACAGGGAAAACCAGCACUCUGGGAGAUAGAUUCAGAUCAGUAUUGCACUGUUGGGAAACACGGCCCUUCUUCAGUUAAUAGCAAUGUUAGAUUAUUCUUGAAGUGUAUUGUGGAGCUUUCCAUUUGAUUCCUUUAUCCGAGGAAGGCCUAGUACAAGCUUGGGGUGAUUCAAUGACAUUUCUUAAUUUCCUUCCUAGAAAUUCAUUUUUGUUUAUGUUUGUAAAUUUCAUGUACACUGUGGUUGCAUGUAUAGAGAUGACAUGGCUAAUUUGGUUUGAAUUCUAUUAAUGUAAUAUUAUUUUUUAUUGAUUAAUUUUUUUAAAUGACAUUUACAUAUUUUUGUUAA